GCGAUGAAAUUCUCUUACGCAGUCGCAUAUUUGAAAUAUUAUGAGUGAAAAAUGGCUGGUGUUUAAACAAUUUUCAAAUUAAAAGCACCAAAAACUGAUUCUGCAGGAAACAAAAAACUGAUAAACUAUCGAAAACCGAAACCGAGAUUCCGUGCUAAUUUAAAUGCAAACAAAAACGAAAUGCCAAACAAAUUCUAAUUGAAUAAAAAAGUUUUUGUUCAACGAAUUAAACAGAGCACACUGUCAAAAAUGGUAAAAUGCAAUUAAGGAAAAUGGAUCAGCGUUGGAAAUACACCAAACAAGACACAAUAGUAAUAAACUAAAUUUCAGUCGCUUUUUUGCUUCCUCUGAAAUUGUCUAUAGAUACUAAAUACAUUGAGUUCGUUGCAUUGUUGCAACUAUGACCCGGGAAAAAAAUAAUGUUAUUAAUUAACAUAAAUCAGUGAGAUUCUACUUUGUUUGUGUGCAGUUUUUAUUUCUAUCGUUGCACCAAAGUAUUCUCUAGUGAGCUCAUAUUUUAAUGAGAGUAACAUUCGAUAUGAAGAAAUUUCGCCAACGCAAUGUGAACGAUGGAAUGUUAUAAUAAAUUUAAAAAGGUGCAACUUGGAUAUGCACAUGUGUGAAAACAAUGAGAAAAGGCAAGAGCAUAUUAGCGAAGCUUUAGAAAAUUAAAUCUCACAACUUUUUUUUUUCAUAAAUUCAAAUUGAAAACGACAAGUGCGUUGUACAAUCAAAGCGUAUUCGCAAUCGAGACUGAGCGCCAGAGUAAUGACAAAGUUAGGAACAUCGGUUAACUACAUUUAAUAACAAGAGAACAUAAAAAUAAUAAUCGCACAUUAAAAAGAAUUACUUCGAUAAUUGUGUGCAAAGUGUGGAAAUAGAACGGAAACAAAACGGAAAACGAUACGGAAUAAUUGUUUUUUUCAUCUCGUUAGAACGAAUGGGUUCUAAUAUGGAUGCACGAAAUCAACGGUAAAAAGAAUAUACGACUAAUCUGAUUAGUAGCGGCUCCAGCAACAAGAAAGUUCUGUGCGAUGCGCUUCAUUAAAUUUUGGAUAUUUUUCUUUAUUGAAGCCCUCGGGGAGUUUCAAAAUCACAUGAAUACCGCUCAAGCCUGUCUAAAUGAAUGCAUCUGCUUAUCGCAGACACAAGUUUUAUGUAAUACGGGUGGAUUGCGCGAGAUUCCAACGAAACGGCUACCACCAAGCGUUGAACAUUUAUCAUUAACCAAAAAUAAUUUUCCAAUAAUAAAAAGCGAUGCAUUCGCUGGCCUACGAAAUUUAAGGAAAUUAUCACUCGACGGGAAUAAUAUUACAACAAUAAAACCGUUUGCAUUUCGUGGCCUACCAAAAAUUCGUGAAAUUUCCAUACAACAUACGCCAUUGUCGACAGUUGCACAGUUUGCAUUUGCCGGUUUGCAAAAUAUUACCACAAUUUUAUUGAGCCACAAUAAAAUCUUGCGUGUUGAAACGAACGCAUUUGCGGGCACAUCGAAUGUUAAAUUAAUCUUAUUAUCAAAUAAUCCAAUGCUGAAAAUUGAGACGUCAGCAUUUUCUGGUUUAACGCAAGUGGAACAUUUACUUUUGCCAUCUGGUAUUCGAAUUAUCGAGCCGGACGCAUUCUAUGGUAUGGAUAGUGUUGGUUUACUAAAAUUAGCGUUCAUGGAUUUAACGGAAUUGUCACCGUUCACAUUCCGUGGAUUAACUAAUGUGGCGGUAUUAUCGUUGCAAGAAUCUGAUUUAGGUGUAAUUUGUUCAAAUUCAUUCGAUGGCCUGUCACACGUCGGAACACUGAAAUUUCUCAACAAUAAAAUCGAUUCGAUUGAAGAGUUGAAUUUAACAUCAUCGCAUCACAUAAAACAUUUAAUUUUCCAUGGAAAUCAUUUAUUAGAGACACCCGAACCCGGCGCCAUCAUUUUAGAUGGUAUACGCAAUAUAUCCGUUAUAAACAACCAUUUUCCGUGCGGAUGUCAUGUGCACGCGUUACUAGAUAGUGCGUUAUCGAAUGGCUCGUAUCAACGGGGUGACUUUAUGUCACGGAAUUAUUGCAUUUCACCGUUGGAUGUAAACGGCAAAGCGAUGAGCGAAUUGGAUCUCUAUGCAAUUGGACGAUGUCAGGAGCAGGUGACACGUGAAAAUCUCGAAUCAAAUGCAAUUUCUUUGCAUUCAACAAAACAACAUCAUCGAAUUUAUGUGCACACAAUGGUGGCCAUCGUAUUUUUAUUAUUACUGAUGAACGAAUUGCAGCGAUUGAACCGUGGCACCAGCGAAAAUAGCAGCCAAAGUGUCAACAGCACAAAUAACAAUCAGACUGAAAUUGAUCGUGAACAUCACAAUGACAUAAGAAAAAACCAAUAUAAGCAACACGAUCGAAUGGUAUGUGCGACAACCCGGUGAGCUUAUCAAUUAUGUAUACGAGCUGACAAAAAAGAAACGAUGCAAGUGAUAUUUAAAACAAUGAAAGAAAAUUCAAAAUGAAUUUUCAACACACUUCCAUUUCUUCCAUUUUGGAAGAGACAAAUUCAAUUCCGUUUGAAAUGUCAGUGUCACACUGAUUUUCGUACACCAUUCAACAUACGUUCAACAAUUGACAGCGACAUUAAGUUUUUCAUCAAUUCAAUUGCAUCUUGGAUAGUCCGCACGAACUAAAUGCAGCUUUUUUUUACUGCACAAUACUGUCACGCGGACCAAAGGCGCAUAUUUUUAAAUUUCUAUCUCCAUCAAAUGAACAUAAAACAUCAAAUAUUGUCGUGGCAUAGAAAAUGAUAUGUGGGAAUACUCAAUUCAUAUCUUUUUGUACCGUUAAUAUCAGAGCAAGUACAUCAUAUCAAAACAAGCGAAAAAAAACAUCUUUGUAUUUACGUUAUGGUUAAUUAGUUCCACCCCCAAAAAGUAUGUACAGGUUUAUUAUAGCAGGAAUACUUAUUUUUCUCGUUCGAUUAAAUUUAAAAUCAAAUGUAGCAAAACGUCAUCGCAUUUUCUUUAUACCAUUAACAAUUCUGUGCAAUUCGAUGUAAAUGACUGAAAACAAAUACAGAAUACAAAAUUACUGCAACGACCAUUACACAAUCGUUCAAAUCGGAUGUCGUCAAUCGAUUUGAUCGAUUUGGUGAUAAAAGUGUAGCCAAUUCGGACGAAAGUCAACCGAAUUCGAAGCGUUCAAUCACUGUUUGU